GAUGCCCUUCUCUCUCUUCACUCGCACGCUUCCAAAACAUUUCCUUGCGUCAUGCCGACGCUGGUGGUGACGAGCUGCUCCACUACACUCCUCCUCUCGUAGCUUUUUCCUCUCCACUCUCCUCCAACUCUCCCAUCAGGACCAACAGGCAUGUGAAGCGCUCCUAAACGCGCACAAAAGGGCUGGAGAGCAACUUUCCCCCCCGCCCCUCUGAAAGUGGCUCCACGAUUGAAAGAGGGUAACUUAGUUGAGUGUUUUCUCACUUGGAAGAACAGAACUCCAGCAGCCCUGUCCGGUGUUGUGUUUCCCAUAUGUCGCGAAAGCAGCUCGACCAUGACUACAACCUCCGUAGUAUGAGCAACCUGAUGGGCGAGAGGUGGAAGAAAGUGAACGAUGGAGGCGAGCGGAGUCUCAUCAAAGCUCCAUCCAGCGCCAGCAUCAGCAGCCAGGGCGCAUCGGCUGGAUCCUCCACCGCCGGAGCUCCCGCAGCAGCAGCAGCAGCAGCAGCAUCCUCAGCGGCAGCAUCCACCUCCUCCACCGGCGACCUGGAGAGGGCUGCCCGCAAGCAGUUCCAGCAGGAUGUCACGCCCGGAUUCGUCUACGUCCUGGCCGUGUUCUCCGCCCUGGGGGGCUUUCUGUUCGGCUACGACACCGGGGUGAUCUCCGGGGCGAUGCUCCUGCUGAAGAGGGAGCUGGAGCUGAGCGCGCUGUGGCAGGAGCUGCUCAUAUCAAGUACUGUGGCCGCGGCCGCCCUCUCCGCGCUGCUGGGCGGCUUCCUCAACGGGCUGUUCGGGCGCAGGGUGUGCAUCCUGCUCGCCAGCUUCUUCUUCACCGUCGGCGGGAUCGUGCUGAGCGCCGCGCCCGGGAAAGAGGUGCUGCUGGCGGGGAGGAUCGUCGUUGGAGUGGGGCUUGGUAUUGCCUCCAUGACGGUGCCAGUGUACAUCGCAGAGGCCUCUCCCCCACACCUCAGAGGUCAGCUGGUCACCGUCAACACCCUCUUCAUCACCGGGGGACAGUUCACCGCCAGCCUCAUCGACGGCGCCUUCAGCUACCUGCAGCGCGACGGCUGGAGGUACAUGUUGGGUCUGUCGGUGCUUCCCGCUGUGCUCCAGUUCAUGGGAUUCCUCUUCCUGCCUGAGAGCCCUCGCUGGUUGAUCCAGCGCGGUUUGACCCAGAAGGCCCGCCGAGUGCUCAGUCAGAUCAGAGGCAACCAGAACAUAGACGAGGAGUACGACAGCAUCAAGAACAGCAUCGAGGAGGAGGAGAAGGACAGCGGAGGAGAUGGCCCAGUGAUCUGGCGGAUGCUGACCUACCCCGCGACUCGUCGAGCCCUCCUGGUGGGCUGCGGUCUUCAGAUGUUCCAGCAGCUUUCAGGAAUCAACACGGUCAUGUACUACAGCGCCACCAUCCUGCAGAUGUCAGGAGUACGGGAUGACAGACUGGCAAUCUGGCUGGCCGGACUCACCACCCUCACCAACUUCCUGUUUACUCUGCUGGGAGUCUGGUUGGUGGAGAGAGUCGGGCGCAGGAGGCUCACCUUGGGCAGCAUCAUCGGCACAUGUUUGAGUUUGAGUCUGUUGGCCGUUGGUUUUCUGAUUUCGGCCCAACACACUCCUCCCGUCACCUUCCACCCAUUAGACCCAGCCAUGGCCAACUCUACCUGCUCCAAGUACCAGCUGUGUGAGCCGUGCAUGCUGGACCCCGGAUGUGGAUUCUGUUACAGUGAGAACAGCUCGGCGCUACUCACCUCCUCCUGCGUUCCCGUCAAUAAGGCCUCCACCGAGCACGCAGCAUGGGGCAGAUGCUCCAACUCCACCCUGAUGAGAGAUCACACCUACUGGGCCUACAACUACUGCCCCACCUCCUACUCCUGGCUGGUUUUACUGGGUCUGAUGUUCUACCUGGCUGCUUUUGCUCCAGGUAUGGGGCCAAUGCCGUGGACUAUCAACUCUGAGAUCUAUCCUCUGUGGGCCAGGAGCACUGGAAAUGCCUGCGCCGCCGGAGUCAACUGGACCUUCAACAUCCUGGUGUCGCUCACCUUCCUGCACCUGGCUCAGUACUUCACCUACUAUGGAGCCUUCUUCCUCUACUCCAGCCUGGCCUUGCUGGGUUUUGUCUUCAUCUAUGGCUGUCUGCCAGAGACUAAAGCCCGGCGUCUGGAGGAGAUCGAGGCGCUGUUUGAAAAUCAGCUCUGUUCAUGCGGCGCCUCUGAUUCAGACGAAGGACGGCAAGUCGAGUACAUUCGGGUCAAAGGUUCAAACUACCACCUAUCGGACAACGAUGCGUCAGACGUGGACUAGUGGGCAGCGUUGGUAACCCCCCCUCUGGGUGUUUGGUUGCUUUGCUGAAACAUACAGAGUGGUUGGGUUGGUUUGUCAUAGUUUUCUUUUUUUGUGUGAUCUGAGGAGUUUCCCUCAGUGUGCGGUUAAGAAUUACAGCCUAAAAGACCCUUUUGCUUCAGUCAGUUAGUUCACUUUCAAAUCAGUCAGUUCAGGAAAUCAAUGAUGAUGCUUCAGCUAGAGUGUGAAUGUUUUGCUUUUAGCUUAUUCUCUGAAUUGAAGGUGAACUGACACCUGAUCUGGUACAAGACCUGCUUUAGCCAGUUUUCAACCAGUAUCUCAACUACGACAGUCUUUGCCUUGUCCAUUCAUAACAAAACAGACAUGCAUAUAGAGGUUUCAGUGUAUUUUUCACAGAGACACGUUAAUUACACAAACUAUAAGGGACUUUUUCUCUCACAUAAAGUCAGGAAAAUGGCCCUAAUAUUUUGUACAGUUGUUUAAAUAUCAUUAAUAUAUGAUGUUGUGCAUAAAGUAUAAAGUAUCCCAGAGCAUUAUGUCAGAACUCCAUUGAAAAAGGUGCAGUAAAUGUGGUUUUUGGAAACCAGGUUUGUGCGUCCGCGAAACUUUUGUUGGCUCUUGUCGAUCUAUAGUACCAUUAUGCCUUUUCUGUAUGAGACGCAUCUCGGUUAAAUGUCGUUUGGGCUAGUAGAGUAGCACACUAACGCCAGUUCCUCAUGAUGACAGUCUUUAGUUUGUGGUCAGUGUUGGUAUUUUUUAGAAAAGCAAUCACCAGAAAUGCACAGUGUGUUGUUACAUCAGUGGAUGUCUCAAGAAAACCACUGUAGUGGCACUGAAAGGAUGAAUUUAUGUUGCUACGGUUUGUUUAUUUAAGUAUUUAUUUAAAUUUAUUUAGCUUUUUUCAAUCUUUUUUCACACAAAUUGCUUUAUUUUUUUAUUUCAAUCCUAUUGUAUACCUGCUUCUAAAAAAUUGCAGUUUUUAGCAGAAUACUACAGUUUGCCACACUGUACAUGAUCCUAGUAACUUCUGGAUAUACUGUAUAUAGUAUCCAGCGAAGACAACCAGUCGGUUUAGUCUGUAGCGUUAAAGUAAAACUUUAGUACGAUAAAUGAGAUUUUAAAGUAUUUGAUAAUAUUAGUGCCUGUGCAUUGUGAAGGUGCCUAAUGGCCACUGUUUUCCAGUCACAUUCCCCUGUAGCUUUAUUUACUUAUGCAUAUUUGCGUUUCACCUGUGAUGGAAUGUUAUUUAUUUUUUAUCAUCAUUUUAUAUAUUUUUGUCUUCCUCCAUAGCCUUCUGUACAAACAGCAGAGCAUAUCAUUUUUGGGGUUUCUCGUGUCAAAUGUCGAGGAGUAGGCUUUAGCGUAAUUCGCCGAUGUUGUUUUGUAAACCUUGUAAAACUGUGGGAGGUUGCACCUUGUUAGUCAAAUAGGUCUCUGUGUAGCAAAAACUGUUGGAAAGUAGACAACAGAGUAAUUUUGUGUUACAAAAUAAAGCAGGUAAAUAACGAAUUAACAGGCUGCUACUGUGGCAGUCCUAAUCCAUUAUGAUUAGUACAGUUUAAUACCGCUUUUUCAAAAAACAAAUCAAAUAAAGCUUGCCAUUAACGUCUGCAGUGACUCAUUAAAAGUCAGUGGUAUUUACACCAAGUAUUGUUAUAAUUUUGGUAUUUUCCAAGUGUCACAGUGACACACGGGUGACAAUGGAAACCAGUAUAAAUAAAACCAAAUUCCUCUCACUAAUGGCAAGACAAUAGGAAUAUACUGCAUCUUACUGUCCAGAAAAAUAGCUUCAACAGGUCAUAGUCACCCGUUUGUUUACUAAUCAUUCUAUUUUGUAAUUGCUGAUGAUUUUUCAAAGCAUUCCACACAUUUUAAAGAUCAAUUUGACUAAACUUGUUUGAUAGACAUAUCAAACCAUAGUAUGUAACGCAUUACAAUCAACAAAAAAUCUACUUUUCAACAUAUGCUUUGGAAAAUGAUCAGCACUAAUAUAGUAAAGCUCCUGUGAUUUGCUGUUAUGGAGCUAAAACAUGCAGAAUAGCAGUCUUUAAAGCAAGUGGGAUAAAAGAAAGAUGAUAAACUUGGACCAGUUUUUGUACAUUGUGAAUUGCAGUCAAGAAAUACAACAGAAAAUGGGUUGAUAUUCUCCACGAAGGGAGACUGAAAGGUGGAGAAAACUACGACUGACUAUAAUUCAAAAUGCAAAUGUAUUCUUAUAAGUGUUUGUCAAGGAAGAGCUGUCUUAAAACCACACAAACUAGUUUUGUACUGAAAGUAUUAUUGCAGAUACACACACAUACACACACAGAUCAAGCUGUCCGUAACACAGAUUGUGUAAUGAAAACUUGUGUCGACCAAAUAUUUACCGUGAUUGUUUGCGGCUGCGCCUUGUCGAAGAUAAUGUGGUGUCCAGCCCUUAACAUCCAGUUGUGUUACCACUGUCCUCCUCUACCACAGUAGGGGAGAGCAUUCCAUGUGUACUUAUGGUGAAAUGGUUGCAAUUUUUUUCUAUGUGAACCAACUACAUGUUUCUAAAGUUUAUCAGGAACUACAAAAAUACAAAUAAACAAGAGUGCUGUAAAGUAUAUUUGAUUAUUGUUCAAGCUGUAAAUGUUUUGCUAGAGUUUAUAUUAUAUAAAGAUAAAUAUCUUCAUGAAAUCUUCUGUAUAUGGGGAAAGAAAUAAACUUAUGAAUCAGAA